GGGUAAGGCCGCUGCGUUGCGCAUCAAAAGGCGCUCGAGCAAUGCUCGAUUCGUCUUGGCCGUCGCCUCGCUCGUGGUCCUCUUCAGUCUAUUGAACGACGACGAUGUCGGACGACAAGAGGCGGCGGCGCUCGAGGCCGCCGAUCUUCACCGAGAGGGAGGAGAAGCAACUGGUGCACUACAUGAACGCGCGCUCGGCCAUGGAGAACGGCAUAGGUCGCGCGCGAAUGCGCCGUAUCGCCUAUCAGUACGCCGUGGCGAAGAGACUGAGGUACCCGGCGAGCUGGGACGAGGCCCAGCAGGCCGGUCUCACCUGGCUGCGCAGCUUCACCUCCAAGAAUCGCCGGAAGCUGACGAUCAAGCCGGAAGAGCUGUUGGCGGCGCGCGACAAAGAGGCCGACUCGUCCUUCGACGAGGACGAGGAGCUCGAGGGCUUCGAUCCGUUCGAGGACGUCGUCGUGAUACACGAGGAGGACGAACCAGAGGAAGAGGAGGACGAAGAAGAAAAGGAGCCAGCGGAGAAGAGGAGGCGCGUAGGCAGAAGGAAAAAGGAGGUGGAUAGGAGCGUCGUGCUGCGGGCCAUCGAGGACGUGACGAGCAAGAGGCUGAACUUGCGCGAGGCCGCGCGCCUCCACGACGUCGCGCUCGCCACGCUACAUCUGCAUCUGCGCAUCUAUCGUGGCGCGGGUGGCUCGGCCGAGGCGUAUCUCAGCCGGACGUUAGACCGCAGACGCGGUUUCGCCGCUCGCGACGAGUCGGCCAUCGUCGAGCACGUGAAUCGCUGCGCCGACGCGGAGGGCUGCCGCCUCGGCAGAAAACGCGCCCGGCGCCUGGUCUACGAGUUCGUACGCGCUCAAGGCUUGAAGUAUCCCAAGGGCUGGGACGAGCGAGAGAUCGCCUCGACCAGCUGGAUGAUGGGUUUCAUCGUUAAGCACGGCCGAGAGUUGCGACUGGACGAGAAGGCGUUGAAAAUUGGCUCGCUGACUUCGAAAGAUAACACUGAAGGUGUGGAAGAAGAUGCACUUGACGAAGUCGAGGCAGAUUCCGAGAGCUGCUCGGUCGGCAACGAAUACGUCGACGGCAUAAACGACAGCUACUUGUUGAACGAGGACGAUGCCUCGGAAUCUUUUCCGUUCGAUUGUCAAUACAACGAGGAAAAAGGAGUCGCGAUCGAGGAGGUCGUCAUCGCGCCGAGUAAAGCCAGCGACGACGAGGAAGUUAUCGAGAGCUACGAUGCGAUGGAAGAGGAACCAGAGGCAGAGGAAAAAGAAUACGAUGCCAAAGAAGAGGAGAGGAUGGUCGACGAAGAAGAGGAAAUAGCCCGAUACGAUCGCGAAGAAGAAACAAACACCAAAGUCGAGAACGUGAAAAUGGUACGAACUUUUUAUCACUUUCCCGACAUGGUUUACGAGACUUUCGAGCCGGUAGGCGACGUUAACGAUAAUAAUUGUGAUAUCGUUGAGGACGAAUGCUCGGAGUACAGUGAUGAUUGCGUCGACGUUACCGAAGAUCGUUUACUCGAUGACAGUAUUAACGACAAUUAUGUCGAAAUUACGAACGAGCACCAAGCCAAAAAACAGGAGAUCAACGCCAAUUACGUGGUUGAGCUCAACCAUAACGAUGUAGAAAUUAUUAAUGUCUCGAGCGACGCUGCCUCUAGUCCUGAACCCUCGAAAAAAAUCUUCACCGACGAGGAAGAGUCGCAGCUGGUCGAUUAUAUCAAUUCAGCCUACUGCCGAGAACCCGAGCUCACUCUGCUCACACUCAAGCAAGCGAAAAAGCUGACCUACGAGUACGCGACCAAACAGAUACGCAAGUACAGCCGGGUGUACGACGCCUGGCGCGCCUUCGACACCGCGUGGAUGAGGCAGUUCUACGCGAGGCAUCGCGAGGACUUGGCGACGACGCUGGAUCCUCGCGAGUUCGAGGCGAACGGCGGCGACGACGAGAAAGCAAAUGGUUACAAAGGCAAAAAGCUGAAGCCCGGCAAGUACGUGUACGACGUGGCGAAUCUCCACAAGGCCCUGGACGGCAUCGUGGCGGGCGACUGGAGCGUCAAGGAGGGCUCGGAUCUGUUCAACAUAGCGCCCGCGACGCUGCAGCAUCACAAGCGCCUUACCGAGCAGCAACAGAGCAGCAACUCAUCGUGCCUCGGCAAAGCCGAGACGAAUUACGAGCUGCACAGGAUCUGGAGCGACGAGCAGGAGCGCGACCUCGUGACGCACCUAAACAAGAUGGCACGCGCCGAGGGCGGCCUGACCAGAAAGCGAUACCGCAAGGAGAUCUACGCUUACGCGAAGAAGACGCCAGGUACGCGGUAUCCGCGCGCUUGGGACAUGCUCGACAUGGCGAGCUCGUACUGGACCCAGGGUUUCUUGAAGAAGCACAAGGACAGACUGUGUCUCAGCUGGCCGGUCAAAGUGAUAAAGAGUCAUUGAAUAUCGUUAUUGAUUACUAAUUAAGUUUUGUUGAACGUAAAAAUUUUUUUUAGAUACGUUAUAUACCACCUCUCUUGUACAAAUUGCGAAGAAAAAGAA